AACCUGAGAAAUGCUCACUGAUAUGACCUGAUUGGGUUCAUGUUUCACAAUGUAAAGUCUAACAGAUCAUCAGUUUAUCAUUUUAACCCUCACAGCUCGUCUGACUGUGAGUCCCAGCAGCUCUCAGUUCUUUGAAGGAGACUUUGUGUCUCUGAGCUGUGAGGAGGACGACAGCUCUGCUGGAUGGACUCUGAGGAGAAACACAAGCAAACAACAGAGGACUCAGUGUGGAGAUGGGUGGGGAGAAACAGCUGGUUUUUCAUGUAAUCUCACAUUCAUGAUGCUUCAUGACAGUGGAGUUUACUGGUGUGAGUCCAGAGAGGGUCCCAUCAGUAACAUGGUUAACCUGACAGUCACUGGUGGAUCAGUGAUCCUGCAGAGUCCUGUCCUCCCUGUGAUGGAGGGAGAUGACGUCACUCUGCUCUGUAAAACAAAGACCACUCCCUCCAACCUCCCAGCUGUUUUUUUCAAAGAUGGUGUCUUUAUUGGGAAUGAGGCUACAGGUCACAUGACCAUCCAGCAUGUUUCCAGGUCUGAUGAAGGCCUCUACAAGUGUGACAUCAGCAGUCAUGGAGAGUCUCCAUCCAGCUGGAUCACUGUCACAGACAAACACACCACCACACCUCCACCUACAUCCACACCUCCACCUACCUUUGCUCUUUUUCUUGUUCUCCGUGUGUUGUUGCCUGUUGAAUUAGUCAGUGUUGUGGUUCUGCUGGUGUUUCUAGUUGUGCUGGUGAGACGAUGUGUUCACAGGAAAUCUGAAGAGAGUGAUACAGCUGCAGUCUACUCAGCAGGGGGAACAGAAGACAUUAACUAUGGACAAAUUGUCAUCAAGGAGAACCAAAAUAAACCAAAGAUGAGAGAAAGUGAUCCAUCUGUAAUCUACUCAGCAGUGAGAGCUCAAGACUUCAGUUAUAGACAAACAUCCAUCACACCGUAGAGGAAAAGAGGCUUUAAACCAGAGCCAGACGUCGUCUACUCUUCACUGAAGUAGUCCACCAGUCCAACCACUGACAUCCAGCUGCUGGUCUCUAACUGGUCCCCCCAGCACCUCAGACCAGAG